AUGGCCUCCUCUCUGGCCUCCUCUGUGUCUUCCCUCCAAUCGUCGCUGCAGCUCCUGGAUAACUCCAUCACCACCCUCGAUGAAGGUGUGAACGAUUUUCCCCGCUUAUGCAAAGUUCUCCAAACCACGCGACACUUUGAGCUCCUUCCAGAACCAACUCUACGCGAAGCGCAGCAAUCCCUCCUAGAUGAAAUCACACCCAGCAUCGCCCACCUCCUCUCCCUUGCCUCGAACCACGUUGAGAAGCUAGCCCGUCGCGAACAAGGCUUGAAAGCAAAAUGUGAUCUUCAAGAAGGGCGUCUAUCCUCGAACUCGGAAAACCGACCGUCAGCAAACCGAUCCCAAUCCCAAAGCAGCGCGGCAAUGCGGGGUCGUCUGACAGGGUCGGCUGGAAACGCGGCAUCCAAGGCGGCGGAGCUGCGACGGCUGGUCCAGAAAAAGGAGCGACUCAAGUAUGUUGUCGAUCGGUUGGAGUUGCAGAGUACCCAACGAGAGAGACAGUUGAGGAAGAGUAUGGCUGCGCAGUGA